AUGGAACUGAACUGGCUUAUGUUAGGCUUAUUUUGCGCCGUUUUUGAUAAAUGCGCAGCUGCCGAGGUAGAUGAUGGAAUUCUUAAAACAAUCCUUGAGCGAUUGGAGAAAACCGAAAAUGAACUUGCUAGCUCAAGAAACGAGUUGAAACAAGUGAAAGAGGAUUUUGAAAUCCGUCUGAAGGAGGCAGAGAAUGGCAUCGCAUUUGUUAACAGAACUUCCAACGAGCAGGAGGAGAUGUUUGCCUUCACCUCGUAUCUGGACCAUAACCUCGACCAUCUUGGUAUCGACCACCCCAUUGUGUUCAACAAAGUCUUGCUCAAUGAAGGAAGUGCCUACAACCCUGCGAACGGAAUGUUCACCUGUCAAAUAGACGGCCUAUACGUCUUAAGUUUCUUCGUUGCCGACUUCGCCAGGCAACAAGUUGUCGCUAGGCUGUCUGUCAAUGGAGUUAAUCAGGUCGACGCGAUCGCCGACACUUCGAACACCCACCAAUACAUGGAAUCCCAGGGCGGUAACCUUGCCGUGGUGCGACUGACGGCUGGUCAGGCUGUCUGGAUAGCCAGUUACAGGCACCCCGAGACAUCCGUGUAUGCUACGGGUGUUGAUCGAUUAUCUACGUUUUCAGGGUUCUUAUUACUCGGGUAG